UAUGUGAAGGUGUGAGUCCUUAGUUUUAUAUGUAAUGUGAUGUUAAUCCACCUAUGUGUGUAUACAGGUGAACAUAGCAUAAUAAAAUGCCCCAGGCAAAUUGGACAGAUUUUUUCUUCCUGGGAUUUUCCCGCUACCCCAAAGUUGAGGCCAUCAUAUUUGUGCUGUGCCUGCUGAUGUACCUGAUUACCUUGCUGGGCAAUGUUACCCUCAUCUCCAUCACCAUCCUGGAUUCCCACCUGCACACCCCCAUGUACUUUUUCCUCAGCAACCUCUCCUUUCUGGACAUCUGGUACACCUCUUCUGCUCUCACUCCAAUGCUGGCAAACUUUGUUUCAGGGAAAAACACCAUCUCGUUCUCAGGAUGUGCCACUCAGAUGUACUUCUCUCUUGCCUUGGGCUCCACUGAGUGUGUGCUCCUCUCCAUGAUGGCCUAUGACCGGUACGUGGCCAUCUGCAACCCCCUGAGAUAUCCCAUCGUCAUGAACAGGAGAGUCUGUGUGCAGAUUGCGGCUGGCUCCUGGGUGACAGGCUGUCUCACUGCCCUGGUGGAAACGAUGUCUGUGCUGCCACUGUCUCUCUGUGGUAAUAGCAGCAUCGAUCAUUUCACAUGUGAAAUCCUGGCUGUCUUAAAAUUGGUUUGUGUGGACACCUCCAUGGUGCAGUUAAUCAUGCUGGUGAUCAGCGUACUUCUUCCCAUGCCAAUGCUCCUCAUUUGUAUCUCUUAUGCAUUUAUUCUCUCCAGCAUCCUGAGAAUCAGCUCAGUGGACGGUCGAAGCAAAGCCUUUUCAACAUGCGCAGCCCACCUGACUGUGGUGGUUUUGUUCUAUGGGACAGCUCUCUCCAUGUACCUGAAGCCCUCAGCUGUAGAUUCUCAGGAAAUAGAUAAAUUUAUGGCUUUGGUAUAUGCUGGAUUAACCCCCAUGCUGAAUCCUAUCAUCUACAGUCUACGGAACAAAGAGGUGAAAAUGGCUGUGAAAAAAUUGCUGAUUAGAAAUCCUCUUAAUAGUGUUUUAAUAUCCAUCCUCAAAUAAUACUGGAGCAAACACUCUCAUCUGGAUAAUCUCAAACUUUAUUCAGAAA